AUGAGGCCUGGCGCGGCUGCGGGACCUCAGAAUGGCGUGAGGCCCCCUUUGCCCCCGCCGCGAACCUGGAACCCUCUGGCAGAUCGCGGAGCUGUCAGAUUCGGGCACGCGUCUCCUUCCGUCCCUCUCUCCCUCCCCGCUUGGCUCCUGAGUUCUUCCCAUACCCAGUGCGACAACUUUCUAGACUCCCAGGUAGGGAGAAGCCCUGGGUCAGCGCUGUCACCUGCUCUAACACCAAAUCCUCGGCCGGUGCGGGCAAAGCUGCGGGCCUCGGGGUUCCCUUCCCUGCCUCGGGGAACCUCUGCACAAACUCCUCCGACCCUUCGAGCAGAAAUGGCGUGGGACCUGGGCCAGACCCUUCUAGCAGUGACUCAGAGCCACCCGCUGUCCUGGAAGGACGGGGUCAAUGGCCCGUAG